UCUUUGUUGGCCAUCAACUGUACCUUUAGGGACCACUUAAAUACUGGCAAAAACAGUUCACCAAAUAAAUUUUAGAGCAAUUUUCUGUCACAUUUGCUUUUCUGUAGUCUUUUUGAGAGCUUGAGUUACUGGUACUGUCGCUGAUAUAUUCUUACACUGCAGUUUAAAGCCUACAUGAGAAGUGUUCAGGGGCCUGAAUGCACAUCACCCGAAAAGACUCAUCGUCCUGUAAACAUGCUGCCACCUUUAUUAAAGCUCCACACUGCCACCAACGGCAAAAUAAACCUACUUUCUGCUCAUCAUUGCACUCUACAGCACCAUCUAGUGCCCAGAUUGAUAAAUUAUGUUAUUUUUGGACAUGCCUUCGCAUGAUUUUCUUUGCCCAGACAAUGGUUACUUUACCGUUUUACUUUUCUUUACUUCAGGUUUUUGGCGAGAUCGCUCAAGCAGAAGUGGAACUGGAGUUUUAUUGUUUAACUUCCUUUAUCAUAGUUGGGUUAGGACCCUUAUGUCUGUACAAAUGAAAGCAUUUGCAUUAAGAAUUUUGUUUUGAAGCAAUGUGUUGCUUUCGACAAAACCCUGUCUUCAUAUCCUCUGUUGCACCAAGCACCUAAACGUUAUGGCCUCAGGAUGGCGCAAUUUCCCAGUCUCACUUUUCUGACGCACUUGUGGUUUUUCUCUUUUUAUUUUUUUUUUGUUUGAUUCUUACUCUCUAUGUCAAAAGGUGAAAGGGCCUUUCACGUUAGUUUACGUACAUGUAGACUUCAAGCUGCACAAAAACACCAGGACACCACCUUUGUCUUCUGUGUGCACAAGUGGAACAAAAGUGUAGUUGCCUGUAGAGGCCAGCUGUUUGAUCCGUGUGCUGCUGGGACUACAAGAGAUCCCCAAAGCAGCUGUAGGAGUGUUUUGGGGUUGUUGUUUUUUUUUUAGUCUAAACUGUCAAACAGCUGGACUUCACGUCAUAUUUAAAGUAAGACAAAUUUAGGGUAUCAAACCUCAUUGUAGGGUGAACUUAGAUCCUGAGCACCUGCAUAAAGAUAAAUUUAAGUAUGCCCGUCCCCGAAUCAUCGUCUUUCCACUGAAUGUCUUUAUUUUAAUUUCAGCAAAGUGGGAAAUGCACAAAAUCCCCUUUGAAUAAGCAGCUCUUAAAUACAUUAGCACUGCACAUCCAACUUGUCUUUACUAAAAUUGCAAAUUUCAUUUGCAAGAGUUUCUCCCCCCGUGGAGAAAAAUCUGUUGAGUUUAAAUAACGUUUAUUCAAAUUUUUAAACUUCUGUUUUUGUGUGACCUGGAAAAAAAAAAGUUUCCAAACACACAGCACUUCUUCAUAAUGAUUCUGUUUUUGCAUCCAGUUCUGUAGUAAAGGAAGAUAUCUGUCAGCACGACUGUUUGGCCUGUAAGAAGUAAAUGUGUAAAAUUUAUCAUUUAAUUACUUUAGUAUAAAUGGCCGCUGGGGAGGAUUUUAUGUGUGGGGAAAAGCUGUGAUUGGAUAGGAAUCUUCACCAGGAUGAUUUUUGGCCCCUGGGCCUUAUGUUUGACACCCCUGCAAUACACCAUGCAAGUUAGAUUGGCGUGCCAAGUACACUUUGAUGUUGCAUCUCUGUAAUGGGUAACGUUCCUUCCCCCCCAUUAAAGUCUUCACAACACAAUAAGAUCCUGCAAAUACAAUCCCGUCUCACAGAUGAUAAAAGUGAGAAUCUGUCUGUCGUCUUUGAUAUCAGGCAGGUUUUUUUCAGUGUGGCUCAGUGUUCGGGUUAGUGAGUCUAGAUUUCUGCUGCACAUUCCCACUGUAUCUUAGAGCAUCUAAGUUGACCUGGUUCAGAAUUGCAAAUUAAAUCCAAUCAAACAACCCAUCAGUUUUAACAUCCCUAAUCCAAAAGAUUAUUUUUAACAGCUCCUGAUACACUAAUCCUGUUCUCAGAGGUCGAGGCUCAUUUCAAAUAUUUAAAGCACUGUUUCAGAAUUCAUUUCUGUGUUGCUCAUGUGUUGUAAUCACUUGUUCAUUUUACUGUAACUCUAUAUUUCUACUUUGAUUUACCAAGAUGUGUUUUUUACUUAGUCUUUUUUUGCAAUCAUGUCACUGCUGAGCACCUUUCAAAGAACUAUUUUUUAAAGUUAUUUUAUUAUUUUUUUUCAAAGAACCAUAUGUUCAAAACAUGUUUAUGAUAAAAGCCGAGAGCUUGUGACACUGGAAGUUGACACACACAUGAGAAGUGUGGCAGGAAAUGUGAUCUUAGACACUCGUGUUGACAAAGAAUGUGAUGAGCUGGGAACUUCCUCAGUGUUUCAUCAGAAGUGUAGUAGCGUCGUGUGAUUUGUCAUAUUUUAGAUUUGUACCGACAGAAGCCGACAUGAGGAUUUCAACCUGUUACAUCAAUAAAUUUUGAACAUAUCGACUAAUUAAAAAAAAAUUUGAACACAUACAAAAUCAUUUGUAUAGGAUUCUAAACUGAGUCGGAAAAGGUGGAGCAAUGUUGUAGUGUGUUUUGCUUCAUUUUGUAUUUUACCCCUCGGCCUGAAAGGCUAUUGUCAAGUUUACUGGAAAUCUUUUGAACACAACAGCUCUAGAAGCAGGCCACGUAGGAUUUUCUUAAGCCACACCAUUGGUUUAUUUACAAAGAAGGAUCUCUUAUCAGCCUCACAUGCUGACAGCUUCACUGCAUCUACUGACAAUCUCUUUUGGGAAUCUGGCAACCCUGAUACAACUCAUGUAUAACCUGUAGCUAUACCAGCAUCACUGUGCACUCAGGUGCACGACAUUCAAGGCUUUUCUCCAAUCUGCAUUCACUGAAUUAUCAUCAUGACGGUAACCCUUCUGCUGUCAGAUUGCUGUAACUGUUCGUAUUUUCAGGCCAGGGCACAGGUUGAUGGUUGCGGUAAAAGAUGAUCUGGCAACUCCUAAAGAUCCUACUGUCGACAGGCUGAACGGUACCCCAGGCUUUUUUCCCUUAUUUUCCCAUUUUUUCUGUAUACGGCUUACACGAUCGCGAUGCAUGGAACAAAACAAAACAAACAGUGUUUUUUUAUUUCACAGAUUUCACAGACCACAUCAACUAGUGGUUUCUGUUUCAAUUUUGCCUCCAGUGUGACAGUAAUCCCAUGACACAGUGAUUCACAUCAUGGGCCUGGGUUUGUUUUGGGGGAAGCACUGUGGUUUAGCAACAACAACAAAAAAAGACUAUUAAAAAUACUCUGUAAUGAUGUAUUAAAAAGAAAAAACAACAACACAUGAAGCUGUAAAAAGAAAUAAAUGACAGUGACGUUGUGCUAUAUGCUUGCAGCUAUGUGUAAAUGUAAAUGGGACUGGAAACAGACUUCCUUCAUGUUUGGAUUCUUGAGCAAAUCAAAGUCUGUGUGUGUGACGCAAACAGGAAAAUGGACCUGGUGGGAGGGGUCUAGAGGGAUACAUCAUUUAGGAGACAAAUGCCUUCGUGUGACACAUUCAGUGCGUCCCGCUGAGAAGACAUCACAAUGACUGAACCAAACGCAUCAUUGUCCUGGGAGGAUUUUGGUGCCAUUUACGAUGCUCUGAACUUUAGCUAUAAUUACACAGACUUUUUACUUGACCCCGCUACCCAGCCCUGUAGCUUUCACACCAUCUCAGACACUGUGAUGAUCGUUGUCAGUGUCUUUUAUGUCCUCAUCUUUGUGAUGGCACUUCCCGGUAACGUGGUGGUGGGGCUGGUGAUCAGCUUAAGCAAGCAACCUUUGACCCCUUCUGACCUCUACCUCCUCCACCUGGCGAUCGCAGACCUCUUGCUCGCCAUCACCCUCCCGUUCUGGGCCACCUCGGUUACUCGGGGCUGGGUAUUUGGAGAAGCCAUGUGCAAAAUAGUCACUGUCCUCCAAGAGGUGAGCUUCUACUCAACCAUUCUCUUCUUGACUUGCAUCAGUGUGGACCGGUACACUGUGAUUGUGCGCGCCAUGGAGGUUCGUAGGACUAAUCGACAGCUGGUCAGCUGGGGAGUUUGUGCCGCCGUCUGGAUUGUCGGAGCGCUUCUGUCCCUCCCGGGCUUGUUCAGCUCCACUUUCACCUCUUACAACUCUAGUCACGUACUGUGCACUGAAAAAUACGAUCCCAGCACUGCUGAUGAGUGGCGACUGGCCACCAGAAUUCUCCGCCACACUUUGGGUUUUUUCAUCCCCCUGGCCAUCAUGCUGCCUUGCUACGGAAUCACCAUCCAUCGCCUCCUUCACAUCCGUGGGGGGUUUCAACGCCAGCGAGCCAUGAAAGUUAUCAUAUUCGUGGUCCUCGCUUUCCUGCUUUGUUGGACGCCGUACCACCUAGUAGUGAUAGUGGACACAUUUUUCAGGGCAAAGAUAGUAGAGUAUCAGUGCCCAGCGAGGACAGCAGUGGAUCAGGCCAUGUUUGUCACCCAGAGUCUGGCCCUGCUUCACAGCUGUUUAAACCCAGUGCUGUACGCUUUCCUGGGAGAGAAAUUUAGAAGGAGGCUACGGCAGUUAAUGGCAAAGAUGGGAAUCAUUGAAAGAUCGUCAACAUCAAGAAGCAGCAGAUUUUCGCUGUCAUCGGAGCUCACGCCUACAAUCAUGUGAGAACAUCAGAGACACUUGAAACUACUCAGAUCAGCUGAUCAGAGAGAUUUAAUGUGGGGAUUAAAGUGUGGAAACCUGCUAGUUUUGAUAAUCCUCAUAUUUGUACUGCAGCUAAUAUUUGUCAAAGAAAGACUUCAAAAUAUUUUUAAAUAAUUUGUGUAAUAAUAUUAUUAGUGUACAUACUUUUUAAGACUUUAGAUUCUAUUUUAUUAUUAUUUAACUUUGAUUUGCUGCACACAUUUUUUUGUUUUUCUUUGAGGUUUGUUAAAUUCGCCCCGUCAUCUUCAAUGACGAUUCUGAAGAAAGAGAAAAUAAAAAAUGUCGCGUUUCAACACGACAUCGCAGCAUUACAACAUUAACACUGAGCCCUUGCCAGUGAACUCUGAGUUGCAACAUUUCGGCGGUAGAUUGUGAAGCAUCAGUUCAUCAAUUACAUAACAUUGAGUUAUUUUUAUAGAAAUGCAUUCACAUUUUUGUAUCUGUAUAUGGUUGCCAUCAACGUCUGUAUAUAUGAGAAAUGAAUAAAACCAUCCACUUUGCUCCUUUGUUUGUGAUUGAUAUGACACCGCAGAGUCAUUGGAGGUUUACGUGUUCAUUGAUCAGCUGAGACACCACAGUCAAAUGAUGGGAAACCCCCCCCCCCUCCACAAGCUUCCCACCAUUGGGUUAAUGGUGUGAACUUUGCUUCUAUAGGGGAGACAAAGCAGAAGUUUUGAUGACUGCAGCCACAGAAAUGCAGCCAUAUUUGAGAUCGGAGGAGCGAUAUCUACUCCCUCUUGAUUACAAAAUGAUCAAAAACAUCUAAUUUACUUGAUAACUGACAAGCAUGUUGGUUCAAUACUGGCACUGGCUGUUGAUUUUGCAGAAAUAGUGCCAGUUUGGAUGAUCCACAGAAACUCUUAUUUUGCCGGGAAGAACUUGCAGGUGUGCAACUAACCAACUGCUACUGCUGAACUUGUGUCUAACUUUAAAUAGUUUUCACAAAUCCAGGAUGCAAAAGUUAUGAAAGUGGAUUUUCAAACUUUUUAAUCUAACAUUUACAGCCCAAAACGUUGCUUUCUUGGGUUUUGUCCUUUUCCUUUUUUCCUACCAGGUGUAAGAGGUUAAUUAAAAGGUUCAUGUUUUUCUCACUGCCCAGGUCUUACAAGCUUUGUCCUUUUUUUACAACAAAACUGCUCCAUGUAUGUCAGGCUUUUUUGUUUUCAUUGCAGCUGAAGUUUGCAGCUUCUUUCAGCAUUCGUGUAUAUUGUAAAUCAGAAUCAGAGACUUUAUUAAUCCCGGAGGAAAACUGAGUUGUCAUAGCAGCAAAUAUAUCUCAAACAUCAGGCACUCGUAUAAAAUGAGUGUAAAACAGAGAUAUUGAUAGAUAAAUAUUAAGAUAAAGAGCUAAAGAUAGAGAUAUAGGUAUAAAUAUAAAUAUACAUAUAAAUAUAAAUGGACAAGUACAUGUGCAAAGCUAGCAUGCUAGCACUAAAUGUGUAGCAAUACUGGGAGACUGCAGGUUUUUUGAGCUGUUUUGGGCACGGUUUGUGAUAAAAGUACAAUUAUAUACACGAUUAUACAACUUAAAUUUGGGUUUGUUGAUGGAAAGCCACUUCCAGAUUCAAUUUUUUUUGUGUCAGUUUUAUAAGGUUUAACUUUAUUUCCUUGUCUAUAGAGUGUUGGACAUCAGAGUCAUAA